GGACGCGUGGGCCCAGCUCCCCGGGGUGUGGCCAGAGGACUUGGGCGACGCCCCCUUGAGGGCGGCCCCUUCCCUCAACCCGGAAAAGGCGACCCCGUGCGGCGGCGGCGAGUGGGGCAUGCUCACUGGCGCCGGCCGGGCCGCAGCCCGAGCAGGAAGCGCCCGCGCUAGGCGGCCCUGUAUGUACUUUGCCUGCUGGAGCCGGGCGGAGCUCGCGCCCCGGCGCUGGGUGGCUCUGCUAGUCCCCGCGCGCCUGGAAGGCCGCACACGUGUCCAAGCGUCACGUCCGCGCGCGCCCCCGGGGCUUGCGUCAGCUGCUGCUCUAGAAGCUGGUGGGCCGGAACUCAGCGCAUCGCUUGGGUUUGGGGCCCGGACGCCGCUGGGAGGGCACCGCGCGGGGUCCCACGCGGUGGCGUGUUCAGAACGCCGGGGACAGUCUAGAGCGUCGGCGUGGUCCAGCCCCCUGCCUCUACGGUGCCGAUCGUCUCCGCCGCCCGGUCCCAGGCUGGGCGCCGUGGCUUUGCCCCGGAGCUCGCUGCCCGCGGGGCGCGCACCGCCUUGACCCGGGCGGCCCCGCGGCAGGCAAGCGCCCGCAGUUCCAUGGUUGUUUCAGAGCGCGAUGAGCCGCCCGUCCUCCACCGGCCCCAGCGCUAACAAACCGUGCAGCAAACAGCCGCCGCCGCAGCCCCAGCACGGUCCGUCCCCAGCUGCGCCCCCGGCCGCCGCCACCAUCUCGGCUGCGGGCCCCGGCUCGUCCGCGGUGCCCGCCGCGGCGGCGGUGAUUUCGGGCCCCGGCGGCGGCGGCGGAGCGGGCCCGGUGUCUCCGCAGCACCACGAGCUGACCUCGCUCUUCGAGUGCCCGGUCUGCUUUGACUAUGUCCUGCCUCCCAUCCUGCAGUGCCAGGCCGGGCAUCUGGUGUGUAACCAAUGCCGCCAGAAGUUGAGCUGCUGCCCAACGUGCAGGGGCGCCCUGACGCCCAGCAUCAGGAACCUGGCUAUGGAGAAGGUGGCUUCGGCAGUCCUGUUUCCCUGCAAGUAUGCCACCACAGGCUGUUCCCUGACCCUGCACCACACAGAGAAGCCAGAACAUGAAGACAUCUGUGAAUACCGUCCCUACUCCUGCCCUUGUCCUGGGGCCUCCUGCAAGUGGCAGGGGUCCCUGGAAGCUGUGAUGUCCCACCUCAUGCAUGCCCACAAGAGCAUCACCACCCUCCAGGGAGAGGACAUCGUCUUUCUAGCUACGGACAUUAACCUGCCAGGAGCUGUCGACUGGGUGAUGAUGCAGUCCUGUUUUGGCCACCACUUCAUGCUGGUGCUGGAGAAGCAAGAGAAGUAUGAAGGCCACCAGCAGUUUUUUGCUAUCGUCCUGCUCAUUGGCACCCGCAAGCAAGCCGAGAACUUUGCCUACAGACUGGAGUUGAAUGGGAACCGGCGGAGACUGACCUGGGAGGCCACGCCCCGGUCCAUUCACGACGGGGUGGCUGCAGCCAUCAUGAACAGCGACUGCCUGGUUUUUGACACAGCCAUAGCACACCUUUUUGCAGAUAAUGGGAACCUUGGAAUCAAUGUGACAAUUUCUACAUGUUGUCCAUGAUGCACCGUGCAGCUUUGGUAUAUCAUCAAAAUUUGGGCAUAAUGCUCUGUGUUUAAUAAAGAUUUUUAUAGGUGUUUUA